AUGAACUACCCUCCAUACACUGGCGUUUUUUCGGAUGACCUGGCGACGUACGGGGAUGAGGCGGACGAGGAAGGGCUGCCGUGGAUUAUGUGGUUCUGUGAGCUGAAAAGCCAUGAGUUCUUCUGCGUGGUGGACCGCGACUUUAUUGACGAUGAAUUCAACCUCACGGGUCUCUCCACGAUGGUCUCCUUCUACCACUACGCGCUAGACCUCAUUCUAGACCUGGAGACGCAGAACAGUGCCCGCCUGACGGCGGAGCAGCAGCGUCUGGUGGAGUCGUCAGCGGAAACCCUCUAUGGCCUUAUCCACGCCCGCUUCAUCACGACGCAGCGCGGACUUAAACUCAUGGAGGAAAAAUUUGCGGAGGGAGAAUUCGGUCGCUGCCCACGCGUUUUCUGCGGCGGGCAGGCGGUGCUACCGGUAGGACAAAGUGACGUCGUGCGUGAGAGUUCCGUGAAGUUGUACUGCCCGAAGUGCCAAGACAUUUACUACCCGCGCUCCUCGCGUCACCGCACACUCGACGGUGCCUUCUGGGGGACGACGUUCCCGCACCUCUUCCUCAUGCAUCUGCGCGACAGUGGCAAAGUGAUCACAAAGCCAAAGCAGCACUACGUCCCCCGUAUCUACGGCUUUCGCCUGCAUGAGAAGAGGGACGCCAAUGAGGUGUGUGGGGACGAGCAGGCGCCGGCAAUGGCGGAGGAGGAAGUGGGAGCGGGGGAUAGGGCCGUUGAUGCGUCUGUUGGUGAAAGCAACACCCCGCGGAACACGCCCGAUGCCUUGCGAGCAGCGCAAAACCGCUAUAGGGACCCCAACGGCGAGCAUGCCGAGGCACCGCGGCAGUGA